AGACAACAGAGGAGGAGCCAGGCUGAGCGGGCACGCGUUGGCUAUAAGAGGUGCAGCUGAGCGCACCCUAAGGUGCAGGACCCGAAGGCUCACCCCACUCCGGAGCUGCUCGCCGCCAACCAUGAAGCUCUUGGUGCUCCUCGUCUGCCUCGUAGGGCUGGUCCCCGUGGACGUGGAUGGCAGCGCGUUUCAGUUUGGUAAGAUGAUCAAGCUGAAGACGGGCAAGAACCCGCUGGCGUACAAUGGCUACGGCUGCUACUGCGGCUUGGGGGGAGGCAAGCAACCUCUGGAUGCGACAGACUGGUGCUGCCAUGCCCACGACUGCUGCUACAGCAGGUUGAAAUCGUCAACCCCUGGCUGUCAUCCCGUCCUGGUCCAUUACAAAUACUCUAUCGAGAGAGGCCAGAUUGUCUGCGGAGGUGGGUCUACCUGCCAAACAACAGCCUGCGAGUGUGACAAGGCAGCAGCAGAGUGCUUCAAGAGGACCCUUGGGACCUACAACAAAAGCUACAAAAAUUACUUAAACCUUCGGUGCAGGGGCUCACGUCCCAGCUGCUAGAGAAGCCAGCCUUGAAAUCGGA